AUGCUGAGAAGAGGGAUUGCAGAUGAUGCUUGGAAUGGGAAGAAAGAAAAGGCAGUUGGUAGCGCAGAUAUCGAAGAAGAAGAAGAAGAAGAAGAAGAAGAAGAAGAAGAAGAAGAAGAAGAAGAAGAAGAAGAAGAAGAAGAAGAAGAAGAAGAAGAAGAAGAAGAAAAGAACGUCGGCCACGUGCUCCGUCGUGCUACUUCGUCACUCUGGUAGUGCCUUCCGUUGGGUUCCUCUGCUUCUCUCCUGCUCGCUGCUCCAGUUUGUUUUUGU